GGCGGGCGGCGGUUGCGCACAGCGGCCUCGCGGCGGUUGCGGGCGGCGGCGGCGCGCGCCCCCCUGGCCCCGCUCCCGCUGCCCGCGGGGUGCCGCCGGCGUUUGGCCGCUGCCCGGCGGCGAGGCGAGGCGAGGCGAGGCGAGGCGAGCGGAGGGAGCCGCCUCCCCCCGUCCCCGCAGCGCCGGGGCGGGUGGAGGGAAGCGGCCGUCACCCCGCGGGCGGCGGAGCCCGCUGCUGGGCUGAGGGACGGGCGGCGCCCCGCGGCUUCUGUCAGCCCUCGCGGCCCGGGGGGCCCUGAGGGGGCCCCGCCCCGCCCCGCCCGGAGGCCUGGCGUUGGCAGGUGGUCGAUGCUCCGGUGUCCUGCGAGCAGCCGGCGCCGGCGGGGGAGGAUUUCGCCCGGGCACAGAGGGGCCGGAGGAGCCGGCGGCUAGGCCGAGCGGUCCCGCUCUGUGAGGAGCCCCUUCCCCACCUGGUUUCCUUGUGGUGUUGCAGUUACGGAGUCAGUAUUAGGUGCAACUUCCUUUUUUUUUUUUUAAUGGAUGUUAGAGAUAACUUUUACAUGUUUUGCAGUUUGCUGUUGAAAGAUACGUUGGUAACUGAUUAGGAUUGCUUUAGUCAUGUCGGGAUCAGCCCCGGAGGAAGCUCAGCCCUCCGUCCCUCCAAGCACAGCUAGUGCUGCCGAUCCUGCUCCGCUUGCUGUUGGACCUGGAGGCUCGAGUGACGUCUCCUUUGGUGAGCAAAAUCUUAGCUUCACCACCACAGACCUCAGCCUGGUGGAGAUGACGGAAAUAGAGUACACCCAGCUGCAGCACAUACUUUAUUCCCAUAUGGAGGCACAAGCUAGCGAAGGUGAAGUGGAAGCUAGGCUCAAUUCUGCUUUCUUCUCAGCUGGUAAUUCUGCAGAUCCCCCUUUGCACCAGGCCUCGCUGAACACCAGUCAAGAUGGGUAUUCGUCAAACAGCGCUGGGAACCAGUCACUUUACCCAGUGAUCUGUCAGUCAGGAGUACCGUCUGACAGCAGUUUGCUCAGUUCAAACCCGUGCAUGGGCCAUAUUGACUUUCAGGAGCUCAGAAUGAUGUUACUUAGUGAAUCCAGUCUCCCUCUGAACCAAACAGAUAAAACGCCUAACAGUAGCUCUGUAGAAGUCCCAGGACGCAGUUUAGUAAGAGUUAAACACGGUGACAAUGUUGUUGGGACGAAUAAAGAAAACGUCCUUGCUGACAGUUCAGCACCGGCACCAGAGUCUAGAGCUAAGUCUGCAGUCAGAGUUCGACUGGAAGACAGAUUCAACAGCAUCCAGACAGAAAACCCCAGAUGCCAAGAACCCCAAGAAUCUGCUGUAACUCUUAACAAUUUAGUAACAUUGAUCCGGCAGCCAUCAGAACUGGUGGGUGUUCCUCUUCACCAGCACCAGAGUAAGUGUGCUACAUUAGUGAAAAGUAAGGCUGCAGCUGCAACUACUGCUUUACAGUUCACAUAUCCAUUAUUUACUAUGAACGCAUGUUCUAGUACUGGAAGUGCUAAUCCUUCACAAAUACAGACCUCUGGAACAUCGUGCACUAUUUUAGAAGCUGCCAAACAUCAAGACCUUGGGUUACCAAGAACAUUCUCUUUCUGUUAUCAUCAGGAAAUUGAAUCCACGAAACAGACAGUAGGUGCUAGGAGUAAAGCUUUGCCUGAGCAAGUUUGGAUUAAAGUUGGAGAAGACGCCUUAUGCAAGCAAGCAAUAAAUAAGAGAAGUCGCAGCCGAAUAAGCCCACUGGAUACAAAUGUAGAUCGAAAACCUCUUAGUGAAAUUCAAAAUAUGCGUGAUACCCAAAGUACUGCAUCUGCACAGGGUCCUUGGCAGUCAGCCCAGUCAAAUUCAAGUGUACAGGUACAAGGUGGGACCCAGGAAGGAAUCUCUCAGCGAAGGGAAAGGCAUAACCGCAUGGAGAGAGACAGAAGGCGCAGAAUUCGGAUUUGUUGUGAUGAACUGAAUCUUCUGGUUCCAUUCUGUACUGCUGACACUGAUAAGGCAACAACUUUACAAUGGACAACUGCAUUUCUGAAGUAUAUUCAUGAAAGACAUGGAGACUCUCUGAAAAAGGAAUUUGAGACUGUGUUCUGUGGUAAAACAGGCAGGAGACUAAAAAUAACAAAAUCAGACUCAUUUGUAGCAUGUCCAGCGCAGGAAAAUACGCAUGGCUAUGGAGAUCAAGUAGUCUGAACUGACCACCUUGAAUUGCUUGAAAAGUAUGGAUAACUAACAGGGGUCCAAUGUACUUUCUUUUUUUCUGUGUUUAUGUGCUGGGCUUCAUCUCAUGUGAUUAAUAUGAUAGGCUCCAGGACUGUCUUGCAAAAUACAAUGUGUAGAAAUACAUAAAUAGAGCAUUAAUGAAAACAUUCUUUAUUCAAAAUGGAAAUGAAAAUUAACUACCAACAGCACCAGUCAGUUCUCUGAUAAAGGGGCUUAGGGACCAGAGGCAGUAAGAAAACGUCACAACACCUACUGAGUAUUUUCCCCCUUUAGUUAGCAAACAUCUUCUCUUUUUCUGUUUACGGUUCUGCAUUGUGUUUUUGUGUUUUGUUUUGUUUUUUUUAAUAUGGCGUGGUACAGUUACGGAUUGUUGUAGAAUAUCAACCAGUCCUUUAAUGACUAGAUGCAAAUACAUUCUUUAAGUGUAAAAAGAAAGCAAAAGUACCAUUAUAAUGUCCAUUUUUUCCAUUAAAAGUUGUAUUAGUUAAUUGAAUAAGUGCAUAGUUUCUAAAUUGUACUGAUAGGCAUAUUUUAACACAUUCCCCCCAAGAGUAAUACAAUGCUGUUAGCAUUGUUUUUAAAGUACAGUACUAUUUUUAAUGUUUAUCUCACAACUGUCCAACAGUUUCUUGUAUUGUUACUUUAGUCCAAAAGUGGCAUAUUGUAAACAGUAGAUUAUUUAAAUGCACAAACUAUUUUCAUGUUUAAAGAUUAAUAUGGCUCAAUUGUUCAUAAACUUCAGCAUUUAGGACAGAAAUAGAAUAGUUUGUGAACUGAGAGUGGCUUUAUUAAUUUUUUUUUUAAAUAGAUGAUGCUAACAGGUUUUAAAGUACAAAAAUGUCUCCAAAAUAAAUACUGUUUUAAAUCACGGA